UAGUUCUCUUCCUCACCCACUUGUGGCUUUUGGUGGGCCACAAGAGGAGGGGAUUGGUCAACUGCCAUUGGGGCCCGCACGUACCUCCAAUCCGAGUGCCCCCUCCUUUGCCUAUUAAAGCCCGACUGCAAUCGAAGCAAGCAAAGAGAAGAAGAAUGAGUUGAGGAGUGGGUUUGGACCUACUCUUAGUUUCCCUGUUUCGGUGUCUUCGGGUACCAGAUUCAGAUGGCCGUGGAGGUUGAAGACGAUGUCUUCUUUGCAGAUCUGAGCAAGCAGAUUGCCAUGCUAAUUAUGGAUGAUGAGGAAGAAUUCCCAGUGCAGUGUCCACCCCUUCCGGUUCAGGGGCUUCCCUGCAUGCCUCGAACCAUGAUGCUGCCAUCAUCAUAUGGCUACGAGGAGAUGGCCAUCGGAAGGGAGAGAAGAGGAACUGGAGUCUUCAUUCCACUCUCCACUGCACCAAGAAGAAAGAAGAGGCCAAGGAGAUCCACUUGGGUGGACAACCGCAACGACUUCCAUGGGCAGAAGCUGGGCAUGUCUGCGACCGUGGCUUCUCCCAUCACCAUCACCAUCACCAAACCUCAUCGACCCAAAUCAUUGCAGGAACUCGAGUGUGCUAAAGAGCCACAAAUAGUAAUAUCUAAUGAUCUUAGCUCAUACUAACUACAGAAAUUGUCAUGGUAAGUUUUGUACAGGAGAAUAACACUCUUCCAACUGGCUAUGUGUGUACCUGUGAAGAGGGCCUCAAAUAAGCUUCCAACCUCCUCUGUCGAAUGUAUAAUUCCUGUAAUAGCUAGAAAUGUAUUGGUUGAUGAAUGCAAAGCAUGAAAAAUAAUUAU